AAAAAUCGAGCUCGGAGCAGAGAACCAAGAGAAGUUGUCGAAGAGUACUUGGUCAGAACAAGAAUUUGAAUCAGAAAAGCGUGAACCAGAAUGAGGAAUGGACGUGUGCGUGCGCGCCGUGUUUCCAUCAACUCAUCUUUGUGUAUGUGAGAAAAUGAAAAUAUCAAAAAUAGUUUUGGAGAACAACGCAAAGCUUUACUUUUGCUAAGAAAUGUUGUGAAGGCCUUAAACAAUUUGAAAAGGCCAAUGCUUGUGGUCGAAAUCAAAAAGUGUUAAACGUGUAAUAAAAUGAUGAUUGAAUAAGUGUGUGUAGUAGAUGAAAUACGAGUGAAAAUAGAAAAAGCUAAGUAAAACGCGAUACCUCCGGCCAAUUGGAAGAACUUCCAGCAACGCUUUCGGGCAAUAAUUGCAAAACGUUACUUUAAAUUUUUAUUCUCCGUAUGUAGAAUACAUUAAAAAUCCACAGCAACAUCAAACAUAUCCAUCCGUUUGUAUUUCUAAUUAUAUUUAAGUAAACAAAAUUAUUAACAUUAGCUAAAAAAUUGUUAGCAGCAUUAAUAUAUGUAUGUGUGAACACCAGCAUUAUCCAGCUUCCGCCUUCACAGCACAUUCAAUUAUAAAAAUUUUGGCAUAUCGCUCAAAGUCAUAAUUUAAUCUCGGCUACGACUUAAACAUCCCUAGAAGCAUUUCAUAUAGCUAACAUGGAUUGGGUUAUACAUGAUGAACUCGGCAUCACUGUCGGCCACGUGGCCAGUGGAGCCGCAGCAUCGGCCAUGGUAAUCGGCGGUGUUAUACCUUACGUGCCGCAAUAUUUGGAGAUCAAGAAGACACAGGAUGCAGAUGGAUUCUCGCUGCAUGUGUGUCUUGCUUUAUUGAUUGCAAAUUCACUAAGGAUUUUCUUCUGGUUUUCCAAACAAUAUGAGCUUCCGCUUCUCGUUCAAAGCGUUGUGAUGAACAUUACCAUGUUUCUUAUGAUCCAUUUGUGCGUUAAAGUGAAACGAAUGAAUGCGUCAAGUAGGGAGCACACAUUUUCGGCUGAUGAUCUACAUCUACCAAAAGUAACGACCGACACGGAUACUGCUGGUUCAGUUUCCACAGAUGUUGGCACUUUAAAACGUACCCGCUCCAGACACUAUUUAAACGAUCUCGAUUACAAAUACUUUUGGAAUUGGAGCGAUUUUCAAUCGUAUUUGGACUUUAUGCUCGUGGUUUGGGCAGUCGGAGCAGCUAUCACAUAUCUAAUGUUAUCAGUUAAGUGGUUUAUGGAGUCAGUAGGCUUUUGUGCAGUCUUUACGGAGGCUAUGCUGGGAGCUCCGCAAUUUGUACGAAAUUUCAAGAAUAAAUCAACAUAUGGCAUGAGCAUCCAAAUGGUUAUCAUGUGGACGCUGGGAGAUAUGUUCAAGACUGGUUAUUUUAUUGUUAGAGAAUCUCCAACGCAAUUUUGGAUUUGCGGUACACUUCAGGUGAGCUUAGAUAUUGCAAUCCUAUUACAAGUUUGGUUCUACAGAAAGAACACAAAAGCGCGUGAGACGCGCCGUGGAGAUUAGCAGUUUGCCCCCGAAGAACAACAGCAACAAUCACAAAAUAAUCCACACGAUCUACACAUUCAAACCAACAAUUCGGAUAACAAUCAAUCUCUUGGCAUCACUACUACAAGCAGUGGGGAUGAUCAUUUACUCACUGCUAUUGCUGAUGAUGAACAUUUCAACAGCUAUGGAAAUCCCGAAUAUAAAAAAUAUCACGAUAACAGAGCCUUCCAAUAUCACCAUAAUAACAAUACACUAAGUAAAGGGAGAGUUGCUUCCAAAAUGUUGCCUGCUGAUGAAGGGGAAGAUUCCACUUUAGAUGCAGUUGUAAUUGUCAAGCGGCCUGAUAGUAUAACCAAACUAACGGCGAAUAGAAUAAAAUCCGAUACGCCGAAAGAUAUUGGAUCUGGGUAUGCUAGAGAUGGUAGACGAAGACAUCGCAGAUGUCGAUGUCAGCAUAAUGAUGCAGUGCGACAGCGACACAACGCUACUCAAACUCCGGAUCCUAUUUUAAAUUGGAGUCAGACACACAUUUGCCAUAGACGAAACGCUACAAUGGAUUGCUGUAGCAAAAAAACAACGAAUAGCUGUUGUAGUCUGAUCAAUGACGAAUUAAAAUCGGGCGAAGUCACCUGUCACUGCCAUAUCACUCACCACUGUCACCAUUAUUCCCCAGGCAGUGGGUGUGGCGGUGGUAUCAGGCACAAGCGACAGUGUGAACAUCGUAGUCGCAGUAGUGGCAUAUCAAACAAGCGCCAGCAUCGGCAUCAACACCAUCAUCAUCAUCACUAUCGGCACUUGCAACCGGAACUCCAUAAACGGAAUAAAAAUAAUAACGUCCGCCAGCUUCCAGGUUAUAACAGUAAGUCUUCCUUCGAUUCCAGUGACGAUCUGCAACAGUCCGGUUUAGAUGCACACAAAGAACGAUUGCAAGAAAUUGCAAUCGAAAUAGAUGCAGCAUCAAUGACUGAAGACAAUACAAGCACUGCCACCUCUAAUUUUCCGUACAAAAUGGCGAUGGGAAACAUAGUGCCUAUUAAAAUGGCGCCACCACACCUGCACGACGAGGAUGGUAAAAAGCAACGGCGGAAACAACGACGCCGACUUUGUGAUUCUAUGAAUUCCAAUAGCACAGCUGAAACUGAAGAACUAUCGCACGAAAAUUUCAGCGAAAAGGAUGAUGGCAGAGCGACAAAUAGUUCAUUAACCGGGCAAAUUAACGCCCACCAUACAGUAUGGGGCAGCAGAGAUAUUAAUGAUUUUAUUAAUACUAACAUCCAGACUGAAUAUAAAACAGACAGAGGUUUUGAAAACAGCAUUACGACGCACGCAACUUGUUGUGAUGAUUCGCGUUGUUGCGUUCAGAGCGGAGAAGAGCCUAAUCAGAAUGUGAUGCAUAACGAGUGUGUUAAAAUUCGACGAAAAUUGUUCAGAGCUAGUGCUACUAACGACUGUUGCAGCACUUGCUCUCAUUGUUCCAAUUGUUCUUGUCAAAAUGCAGAUGCCACGAGUUGUAGUAGCAUCGAUGACUUGGAUGUUGAUGACAAUGACGAAGAGCAACGAAUGGCUCCACAUGAGCUAGUGGUGGCAGCAGAAUGUCAUCGCUGUACCUUGCACUGUAUAUCCACCACAUCGACGGGUGAAGAGGAGGAAGAGGAUGCAGAAACCGACGACAAACUUACCGCAAACACGGCAACACAACUUUCGCACCCUCAACGACAUUUCCAGGACAACAAUACCACGGACAGUUCUGCACAUACUAGCCGAAGAAGCAGUGCAAGCUAUUGUUCCUGCCAUUCGAGCACAUGCUGUUGUUGCGAAUGCAAUUGUGCGGUUGGUGUUGGUGAUGAUGACUGCGACACUGUCACAACUGGCCAAAUGCAUACUGCUAGAGACACUUCCUGCACGGCCUUAACAUCGGCUGCGGACCUCGAUGCGGAGCAUUCGAGUACGCUGACGCCGCUAACAAAUGCCUCGUCAGUUGUGUCAACGCCAGGUGCGGAAGAAGCAGAUAUGACGCUUCGCAGUUUGAACAAUACACUUUCCGAGGAUGUUUGUUCAUCACUUAGCCAAUCAGCAGAAUAUUUUUCACUAUCGUCUGGCAAUCACCAAAACCAAUUGUGUCCUAUAGACACACCUACACGUAGGCCAUUGAAAGCGCAUUGCGAAAACGUUCCGACAGGAACUAUAGCGCAAACCAAUUUGAAUGAUACGGCUGAUGCAGUCGUUGCAAGUAGGAAGCCCUGCAAACACUACAUCAAACAUCAUCGCCAUAAACGCGUGGCAUCUCCAUUGGACUGCUAUUUAUGACGAAGCGUUUCGCUGGUCGCGUGGCCAGCGAUCGAUGUGAACUCGUUACUUCAGCAGACCAUACGAAAGACAGCCAUUUUGCACGAGCCUACGACAGUACGUGAACCACAAACACACGUCAUAGAACCACAUUAUCAAGCGGGUGGCAGACAUGGGAGCAAUGAUAGUUCCACCGCCACGUUGACACCAUCAAUUGCAACAAUAAUCAAAUGUCCAUUAACGAACAGCGCAGCUAAUAGCAACACUUCACAGCAAAUAUCAAUGCAGUCGCUUAAUGCCGUCACGACAGUAACAACCAUUUGUGGCAGCAACGGUGCGUCCGUGGUAACUACCGCCUCAGCACCGUGUAGUGGGCGUGUGAAACGCACUUUGAAAUUUUCGUCUACAUCCGCAGAAGCGUUCAGUUGUGACCCCAUGUUGUUUGCGCAGGAGCGACGCUCCACCGAAAUAAUCUUAUAGCCAUGCUGUAAUAAGAGAAAAUGCAAACUAAGGGCUAGUGCCUAGUGGGCGAUACUUAUCAUGAAUUUAACGGUGUGGAAGUUUUGAUACUCAGUUGACUACACUUACAUUAAAAUAACAAUUAUGUAGUUCGAUGCGUUUAUUUUGUAGCCUGUACUCCAAAGCUUCUAGUCGCAGUUUGCUAACUUUUUACUUGGGUUGAAAAAUCGAUUAGUUUAGUAUUAUUAGCGCUUGAAUCCGAAUUUUAUGCUUUCAUAUUACAAUAUAUUAUGUUCUAAAUUACUAUAAAAUAGUUUAUGGGCGAGGUAUUUCGAUCUACAGGGAAAAUUCUAAACAUAAAAUUUACUUCCUUAUAACCUUACUUUAUUCGGUUAUUUGAGCUAAAGUUGCCAUACUGCUGUAGUAUAUUUAUUUCGCCUACCUUUUUUUAAUUAUUAUUGGAGAUUGAUUCAAAACUACUGAAGAAAAUUGUUGGUUUUCUGAAUAUGUGGAUACAAUUAGAUAGAGAAAAUUGUGAAACUUGGAGAUGCAUUUCGUUGUUUCUCGGGGGUUCAAUUAUAUUUUAUUUAAAUAAUGUAGCUGCGUAUAAUGUGAACUAUUUAAGAAUGUUCGAAAAUAGUUAUUUUUUAAUAACAACUAAAUAGUUUAGAUCGAAAUUAAGUGUUAUGCAUUAUAAUAAAAAUUUACAUUGCGUAUUUAAAAUAAAUAGGACAUAAUUUUGUAAUUUUUGUUAAAAUAUUUUGUUUAACUGCAUACAAUCGAGGUUAAUAUCCAUGUUAGGUUAGGUUUACUAUACGGGGCUAGUUCGUAAAUGCGGUAUGUUUUGCGAAGCACUAAUGCAAUAAUGCAUGCGUAAUGUGACGCUACCUCGCGACCGGCUGUGUUACAACGCAAAAUCAAAGUGAAAAUAUUUUAAAGCGCUGUGUUGCGCGAUUUAAAGAGUCGAUGUGAAAUUCGGGCAAAUUUGACAGAAGUAUAGCGAACCAACCCAAAAAUUCGGCAAUUAGUGCGUGCAGUCUUUUAAAACAUCAUCGUAAAAAUUCUAUUUUCGUAAUUGCUUAAUUCUUCUCUGUGUAAUUUUUCAUAGCAAAUCACUACCAAUAUUGAAAUUGUUUUGGAAAAUAUUUAUAGAAAGCUCUAUUAUUUUCGUUGUUGUGGUUGUAGCAUCAUAAACAUUCCUGAUACAUGUACGGUGAAUGCUGCUGAAGUGACAGCACUUGACCGUACGUAAAUCCAGGUCGUUCCUGUAGCAUAGAACCAGCUACCGUAGGAACGUCCAUAAUGUGCGUUGUUGUUGUCGUAGCAGCAUAAACAUUUCAUAUUCACCUUGGCCUAUCUAUGUAUGUAAAAUAAAUGCCGUACAUCAGAAAAGUCACAGCUUAGCAUUUGCAACCGAGUGCUGCAAUACUGCCGCCGUAUUUACGUGCCUCGAACGAGCCCUGUUUUUCAUAACCUUUUGGCAUUACCCUACAUAUGAAAAUAAAUUAUAAGUAUUUUUGUUUAAAACUGAAAAUUUUAUGUUUAACUAGAUUAAAUUUAAUAGAAGCCUAAGUUAAUGUAAUUUUAUAAAAAUUAUGAAAUUUGUUUAAACUAAACGAAAAGUACUAAAAUAAAAGAUGCAUAAUUUGCACAUUAAAAUAA